UAUUUUUCUCCUGGGACUCUGGAUAAUUCGUCGGCGUUCGUAAGAUGCAAGUUAGUAUUAAAAACGUGUGAUCGAAUUUGUAGCAUCCAUGGCGGAUGGUUAAGUAAGGCCUGUAAACAUUACAACAUGGCUUUUUACAACCUCGUACUACUGGGUCUCUUUCUGAUAUGCCAGCACAUUAGGUAUGUGAUGGCGGCGAGCGAAUGCACUACUGCAAUCGUGGCUUCUGUGUUUGGAACUAUUGGAGGAUUGCUUUUUAUUGCUGCCAUUGUGGCGCUUGUUUGGUACUGCUGCCGACAGCGAGACUCAAGUACGAAACUUCACAUUUUUUUAUGACAAUCCAAAAUUUCCAAGAGAUUUCAGUGCGAAGAUCACUUGGUUCCGUUACUCGUUAAGGGGCACUAACCUAUGUUAUGCUUACUUCCUUUUUUUUCUUAGCUUCUCUUUCGACAUCUUCUGCCGAUUCCGCAAGCGAUCAUGAAUUUUCAUUCGGCACAAAGAAGAAAGGUGGUAACAUCGGCUUAAAUGGCAAUGGGACACCUGUUACGUUUUCACAUCGCUACAGUGAAAAAGCACCUUCAGUUGGUAAGUCAAAAAUGCCAAAUGCAAGCAAUUUAUAGACAUACGCACUUACACAUUCCUGUGGUACAGCCUUUAAACUCCUGUUUUAAAAAUAAUUUUUGCUCUGCUUGUUUUAAAAACAUUAGUUUUUGAAAUGAGUAAAACUUAAAAAAUAAAAACUACGCGAUGCAGGUUUAAAAAGAGCAUGAAGGUUAUUUGCUUUGCAGCAUUAAUAAGCUUUAAAGAAUUUGGAUAAUCGUUAUAUUGGCCAAUUUCCACAUUCAUUAAUGAAACUAAACAAUAAACUUUAAAGCCAUUUGUUGUUAUAGCGCAAGUAACGAUUAACAGCCACUUUUCUAAGGAUAUUCUCGCUUAUCUCUAGUUAAGUUCAUGCGGGAGAGACCUUACCACGCUAACAGUUAACAAGCUCUCAUAUAAAAAAAUUCGCUCGGGAAUAUAACUUACCUCCAACUGAUAUUUUUGAUUCGCCGCAGUCAGCCGUAUCAAGGCUCGUAUUGAUUUCUUUUCCUUUUUCCUUUUUACUUCAGUUAAAAUCUUUUUACCAGUUUCAGCGUCUUGUAUGCUGAUCGUGUUGUACAUAAAAUAAUUCCGUUCCACGAAAAUCAUCCUGUCAUUUAUCUCAACAAAACGCCGCAAACCAGCUAAGGAGCUCAAGAUGACGCAGGGAAUUUGCAUAAAUACCAUUGAUGUUUUACAACCAUUCAAGCACAGAAUAUUUAAAGAAAAGAAAACAGUGUUCUCUUGUUACAAGUUCGUUAUGAAAUGAAGUUACCAACUCUUGAACUAUUGAGUAAAAACUACGACUCCUUGCCGAUUAGGGGAGGGAACUAUAAAGGUAAAUUUGCCGAUGAGGAAAGAGUUAUUCAGAAUACAUGAACGAGAAUUUUCUUUCAACCCCAAAAAAACUUCGAGAAGGUUUCGGAAUCAAAAGCUUCCCUCAAACUGGAUGUUGGCAUUCCAAAAAAAUAUUUGUGGUGAACACAGCUUGAAAGUGACGUUUUUCUAAAGGCGCAAAAAAAGUUGAAAGAAAAAAAUUUUAAAGUAAUGAAAUUCUCUAAGCUAAAUGUAUCAUUGAAUCAUCCAAAGAAACCAAAAAAAGCUGUAAAGUCAUUAAAAUCUGGUAUUCAUAAACCACUAUGAUUUAUUACAGUUUUCACGGGGUUGUGUUUAGACAAUAAAGACAAUUUAUAAAGAUUUAACAAUUCAGUUCUCUAGCUGUUCACUUAUUCAAUUGCUAGAACCUUACUAUUGUUCUGUUUCUGCAUGUUUUUAAAUUAAGUUAAAGCAAACUUUGAUAUUUUUUUAGUUCCUUGAAUCAAGAUAUUCUGGUAUUGUUGUGUUUGUUUUCUAAUUUUCAAAUGUUUAUAACAAUAUUUAAGGAAAAUUGAUGUUUUCUGGUGCUAAUUCAGGUAAAAAAAGCAGGGAGUAAAUGUUUCCUCUGUAAAUGAACUUAAGCAAAAAGAGUGGCAAAAAAUGAUUUACAAGUAAAAAAACAUGCCUUUCGAUCUUAAGACUGAUAAAUUCGCUUACUAACCUACCACUAAAAAGUGAUUCACGAUAGAUAUAUUCUGCAGCUACAAAAUCGCUGGCUAAUGUAUUUUAUUAUAUCCACUUUGAAAUCACUGGCGAUCCCUGCAAUCUGAUUGGCUCUGAGCUGUGUGAUUUAUUCCCAAAUCGCACCAUUUUUGGCUCUAAAUCGCAUCUUUUUCCCAGCCAAUGAAAAAGGCACACUAAAACAGCACAACCAAAAAGAUUUCAAAUCUCGUUUAAAGUAACAAAUCAAAUUGCAGGCAAAAUGUAUGUAAUAAUUAAAAGUGGUAAUUUAACUUCCAGUCGUGCAAUUUUGAUCUGAAAUCAUACUUGAGAUUUCGAAACGAACUCGCGAUGCGCGCUGGUUCAAUUUUGAAAUCACGCUUAUGAUUUUAGGCCAAAUUGCACUCCACUCAGUUGAAUUACCGUUAUAAAUGAAUGCGCGUCCCGUAACUUCUUAGGUUGGGUAGUCUUGAGAAACUUUUUCUAUCUCAGCGAUCGCUGGAAAGUGGCUUCCAUCGCUAUAUCACAGCGAUCGUAGGGAUCAUACAGAAACCAGGCUUUACCCGAUGAUUGUGUUUGCUUUCGAUUGAAUGAUAUCACUUACACAAACAUGGUCAUUUUCAGUGUUUGUUUUACAUUCUUUUUCACUACUUUUUUUCUGUAUCUUGUGAUUCGUUGUAAGUUUGUCAUUCCACUCUGUCUAAUAGGCCACAAACUAUUAUUUCAUUUCCUUCCUGCUGUUUGAGUUAUGCAAAGCCGGAUAUGAGAAAAUAUUGACGCAGCUAUCUUCAAUAAAUGGGAAAGAUUCUUUGUGCUUGCUGUCUAUUGGAACAGGAGGUCAAAAUUAUAGCCCUUAAAGAAUUUAUAAAUACAGCGCUGCUAGGAAUAUGUCUAUAAACUCCUUUUUAUGACCAGUGGAAAUGGGUUUCUCGGACGAAAACAUAUUUUCGUUCAUUAUUUUAAGCCGAGGUGUUAUGUGGCUAGAGAAGUCAGUCAAGCAAAGAUGGUUGUAAUGGAAGUUAUGUGCAGUUUGCAUUGUAAUUAGCACCUAAACUGUACUUAGGUCCCUUGACAUAAGUUGCUGACCAGCAAGCGAAUUUUAAAAUCUCUGAAAAUUUUUGUUCGAGCGUCCAAGAACGCUAAAUUCAUACCACCUGUUGGGUCAAUUCUUAAUUUAUUGUGUUCACAGUUGGUCUUUUUUACUCGCACAUAUGUUAGCUUUUUAUAGCAAUGAUGUGUAUGCUGGAUUUAAUGACGGUUAAUUCAAAAUUCUUGUUGUUGCGUAUACCACGGAACUAGCUUCCAGUGCUCUUGAGUCUUCGUGACGAACAAACAAAAGCAUUAUAUUUGGUGUAUGAGUAAGGCUUAUGAAAAGGACCCUGUUUAAAAAUAUAUUACUCAAUUAUUAAAUAAAAUACUGGCAUCGGCAAGACAAUUUAACUAAACAUACACAAUUUCUUACAACAUAGAAAAUAAUUAUUAAAUAGGAUAAAAAUAGAUGAGGCUGAUAGUGCAAGUUCAAAAAAGAAAAAAUACGAGAAAAAGAAAAACAAGCAAAAGAAGCGAAAAAGUUCACCUUCCUUCAGAAUCCUUCAAAUCCUUCAGAUUUAAUCGUUUUUCCUGCUGGUAUGUCACUAUGAAUUUUGCAGGUGUAUAUCAAACAAACAAAAAACACUUUCGACUAAUCAGUUUUCAUUUGUACCUGUGUGUUGUUGAUAGCGGUGAAACCCUCGUCUUAUAACUUACAACACGAUAUAACCGAGCCGUUCGCUAUGGUAAAAAAAUACAAUUUUAUCAUAUAAAACAGCAGUGAAAUACCAAGUGAGCUUUUGCGCGAAAACAUGAUAUCUUCGCAUUUGAAAAUACGAAAUUUCUCUUCAUGAUCAAGCGUUGAAAAAUAUCUCAAAAGUGAGCGCCGCUGGGAGGCUAUGUAAUACCCACUAUAUACGUUUUAGGAAUAGAAAUGAAAAAGCAGGAAAAAAGUUAUUAAAGAAUUUGAAUUUGACGACUUUCAACGUGUUUUUUACAUUAGUCGGUCAGUUUAUCAUAUAUGAACCACUUUAAUGAAGUGUAAAAUGUUGUGUUCCAGCCUACAACACAUCAGGUGUGGUUAACCCAGCCUUUGCUGAUGGGAGUCGUGAAGUUUUUAUUGACAUGCCACAAGGUCAUCAUGAUGAAGUUAAAAUUGAUCUGGAUGGAGAUCCAUCGUUCAAGCCUCCUGCACAUAACGAUGAAAUCAAGAUCGACAUGGAUGGAGGAUCUGGCAUUAAACUACCCUCCGGUUCAGGGGAUGCAAAGAUUGACAUGGAUGGAGGAUCUGACAUUAAACUACCCUCUGGUUCAGGGGGUGCAAAGAUUGACAUGGAUGGAGGAUCUGGCAUAAAACUACCCUUCAGUGGGGGAGAUGCACAGAUUGACAUGGAUGGAGGAUCUGACAUUAAACUACCCUCCGGUUCAGGGGAUGGAAAGCUGGAUAUGGACUGGGAUCACGAACGUAAUGUUGACUUUCCAGAUGGAAAUCGCCCGGAAUUGAAGCUUCUCACGGGGAACGGAAGUCCUUCGGGUAGUGGUCUUCCAGGUACCGAUGCAAAUGUAAUCAUCAAGGGUCCAUCGAAACCUAAGGUUAAAGAGUCGAUUCCAAACGUUGAUUUGGUAAGAAAUUGAUCAGACCAUUUUUCAAUUGUUUUUAUAAUGUUGUUUAAUUGCUUGAGUUUUGAAACGCUACAAUAGUUUAAAUAACUGGUAGAUUUGUCUAUUCUUUAGCCGGAUCAUUUAGCGCGCAACAGUAAACACAGUGAACAUAACAGUGAACAUUUCCGUUGGCAAUAACAGCGAGAAUAAUUCUCAUCACUGCGACCAUAUUCUAUCCCGUUCUGUCUGUUAUCACCAUAUCCUUGUAAGAUUCAGUUUAAAAACUCAGUUUCAUCAGAUCCCCCUCUUUAUCGGAUUUCUAGUAUUACUGAAAUAAUAUGAAACAUUCUACGACUACGCCCUGUAGUCCUAUCUACUUGAAAUCAUAUUCGUUUUCCUAAGUCAGGUUAGAAUUAAAACAUGGAAUCCUACAGUUUUUAAGUUAAGACCUAUUGAAGCUGCCAUGACAAAGAAUUGAGCCAACAGUGCAAAGUAGAAAAAGAGAGUUUCAUUUCGAAUAUACUAACAUCGUUUCUGCAAACUGUUACAUGAGGCUAAUAAGUCUUUUCCCCAUUUGCCUAUCUAAAAAAGGUAGAAUUUUCUCAAAAACGAGUGACUUUCCUUUUCAGCCACAGAAAACUGUUGACGUAUUUCUUGAACGUCCAGGAAAUGGUGGUUUCGGAUUACUGAUAGCAAGAGACAAGACUUUGCCGCCUCCUGCUUUGUUUAUCAGAGAAGUUACACCCGGAGGCAUCGCAGCAAAGACUGGACUCGUUGAUAAAGGUUAGAGAUUUAAACUAAUAAAACCUUCGUCUAGAAAAAAAGUCGCUGUACCCCCUGUGGUAGAUAAUUAAUUCAUAUCUUCUUUGACGACCUAGUCAGUUGUAGCCUGCGAAAACAUCCGUUUCCCCUUGCUCUUCGUCGAUGGGGACGUUUCGCGAGGAGGAACGUCUGCGACUCAGCGACACAAAUUCCAUACUGAUGACGUAAAAUAUGUCCGGAAUCUGGUCAGACGCGCUGAUUGGUCGACGGAGUAGUUUCAUUGUUUUAGCUAUUGUUUACGAAUGACAGACAAAAGACAAAAGGCCACAAAGGUCAAAUGUAAACGCAAAGAAUUCCUAACAAAAUAGUCAAUAUUUGUGGAAUAUAGUCUUCUAUAGAAGAAGCAUUUGAGUUUUGCUGGAGCUCUUUGGCAGAUGAACACAACACUUUACCAAAAUAGACCAGAAGACACGUAAAAUUGGACAAAUUUGUAUUUGGAACCCAUGACUACCGGAUUUAUUAUGUAAACAUUGGUUUGCGUCAUCAGUAUGGAAUUUCUGCCGCUGAGUCGCAGACGUUCCUCCUCGCGAAACGUCCCCGGCGGCGAAGAGCGAGGAGAAACGGAUGUUUUCGCAGGCUAAGUCAGUUGAGGUGUUGACCACCACUUUUGGACUGCAUACUGUUGGUCUUCUCUUCAGGUGAUAAGUAUAAUGUCGAGUUGAUUAAGCAGUGCUUUUUGGAUCACAAUGGGGGACUAUGUUUCGCGCAUUUCAAUUUUUAUGGUUCCCUCGGUGGUUCGCUGGUGUACAAUUCAUCUCCUGUGUUUUCCAACCAUGACCUUGGUUGGGAGACACGUUUUAGGCAAUAUCAAAAACAAAUUACUCGAGUGCAGUGUGCAAGAGUGCGUCUUCCCAUACAGUCUAUGUUAUUUUGUCUAUGUGUAUGUGAUUUGUAGUGCAUGUUACCUAUCUGUCAUGAUUCAGUUGGUGUCUUUCCCCUUGUCCCAGUAUGAUCUACAGCUGUACGCGUUAGAACUCUUUGGCCAAGAAUGGCUAGACACGCCCACAAAGGGUAGGCGUUCAGUACUGUCUGAGUCAAAACGUUUACAGUUGGGCGAAUCAUGUUUAGAAAACGCUUGGACUUCGCAAGUUGUAACCUGAGAUCAGGCGUUAUUUUUUUCUUUUUUUGCUUCUUUGACUCGAGAGGGAAAAAAACGCCUGAUACAUUCAUUUAACAAGCCGUCAACCGCCCCCUAAUUUAAUUUACAUAAUCUAACGUCGCUUGACCUGUCAUGAUCUUAGCCAAUCAACGUUUACCAGACGGGAAUCAAAUUUUGGCGCGAAUAAUGUCCCUUUUGAAAUUAAUUUUAGGGAAAAGAAUUUUUUUAAGUACGUCCAUGUUCAGAUGGAGCUUUCUAAAAAAUUUUUUAACAUGUAUUUUUGGUGAUGAAAUACUGCUAGCUGCAACAAAUAAUAAAGAAUUUACUGGUAAAAGUUCGUUGACUUCGUCAUGUACCGAAAGCAUUGAAAAAAAAAUUACGCUGGUUUCACGGACUAAAAAGUGUUGUGAAAGUGAGGAUCGCUCAGAAUAAUUCGCAGGUUUCUGAAGGAGGAAUUACAGUCAAACCAGGUCAAGAGUCCAUUCAUGAAUUGAUUAUUAAUUUGAAAGUGAACCCGUUUGUCGCUUCUGUUACUUGUACCCGGUAUCAAAUUGCAUUUAAACGAUCAGUAAAUUUUGGACUGGAACUUUUUAGUAUACGAUGAGAUGGAAAAUAUUUCAAUGGAUCAAAUUUCUCUUUGGAACUUGCUUCAAAUUUACGAAAACUGAGCCGGAAGAAAUUUCAUAACGAACUCACGUGUGUAUUUAUUACUCCUUGCGCAAGAAAAAAUGCAGACUGAAAUAAACAACAACUAACGGAUGGCGGCAUUUUGGCCAAUCGGAACAGCGCAAAUCAUCCUUAUUGUUUCCUAUCCAAUCAGAAAAAAUUCCAUAUUCUGGCUUUUUUCCAUGUAAUUUGUGAAAGAAUUGUAUCAUACUCUAGAGGACAUGAUCGCAGGCUCCGCAAGUAGCGGAUCGUGUGUUCAAAGCAAAAACGAUGUCUGUGCGGUUUCACGUCGAAAAAUUAAUGUUGCUAUAUUGGUUCUAGGUGACAAGAUCAUUGCAAUUAAUGAAACAUCCAUUGAGGGAAUGCCUCAUGAUCAAGCCAUGUCACUUUUACGAGAUGAUAGCUUGAAAAUACUACAUCUAACUCUGAAGAAAAAGGAACUUUAUAAGAUAAAGGGUAGGUCAAAAUAGGUACUUUUUAAUAAUCAAGUGAAUAGUUGACUAGACCAAUUUCAAUAUAUUAAAAUUCAAACUUGGCUCCGAGGCUUGGGGAAAUAAAACAAAAGUAAUCUAUUAUUCAUUGCUGAGGGUCAAGACGAUUUCAUUUGUUUUAUUCCCCGAAGUCUCGCUGCCAAGCAUGAAUUUUGAUAUAUCGAAGUUGCUCUAAAAUUCCUUCCAAUGAUUGCUACACUGUUUUGUAUCAUUAAUGUGGAGAACAAUAUAGAACGAUGCGACAAAUCAGCGACCUCAUCUAAAUUAUUCUUUAAGACUAUACCUUUCACUGUAAAAUUGACGCGCUUAUAAGCUUUGUUUUUAUGCGACAUGUUAGAUGGUGAUGUUACAUAUUACUUCUUUGCCAAGUUAAAGAAAGGGUGGUCAAAUGAUAUUUGGGCAAAAUGUUCCUUAAUAUAGGUUAAUUUAAAAUGUGAUUUCGCCUUUUUACUAUAAAGACUAUAACCUAAUAAAACCAGUAAGAAAAUGCUUGCUUGGUUUUUACCAUAUGUUUUUACCUAGCAUGUUUUUUCUCUCAAAACUUUCCUGUUAAAAUCUGACCCAGAAAAUUUAAAAACCUUUCAAAUUAGAGUUUGUUGAGAAAGCCUUUUUUCUCAAUUUCAGGAUUGAAUUUUUAAAAUUGUCUCGUACAUAAGCGGUUAAAACUCAACUGUUUUGUGCUCCGUAAAGGAGCUGCUCAGGUAUACGUUUUAACCCCCCAAGUCAUCGCCCAGUUUGAAACACAAAUCUCACCACCAAUUAAACAUAGGUUAAGUACAGUAGUAGGGUACAGUAGAGUAUCUUUAUUAAAUCUCCACUUUGUGGCUCUUCCGAUUUAAUUUACAAAUUUGGAAAAGGAAAGAAGAAAAACAAGACUAAUUUACAAAUCUAAUUAUUAAUAACAAAUGGAAAAAAAUUAAAAACGAAAUAAAAAAAUAGCUACGAUAAUAUAUCGUUAUUAGACCAUACACAUAUACCUAUUAUUGACUUAAAAAUACAGUAAUGACGUAUACUGUUUUAGUCAUGCAAUCAGUCACCUAGUUCUCGGUGUGACAUAGCGGCUCUAAUUUUGCGCCACGCGUUCUACUAUUUCUUGUGCUUGCGCUUAGCGAGUUCCAAGUGCUGAUAGAUCGAUAAUGAAAGGAACGUUGCCCAGUGGCUGUCAUGCACAAAGAAACGUCCAGGUUUUCCCUGAAGUACAUUCAACUAGAGGAUUUGUGAAAAGCAAAGGAAAUCGGCGCAAAAAAGUACAUUCAUUAUAAAAUUUUCAGAAUCCCAACUGUGGUUUUAUCCUUAAAUUUUUAGGUCGCCGCUUUAACCAUCAUGGGCAUUUUGGGAAAAGCGCAUUUUCCACAAUUCUUACAAGAGAAAUAUACCAAGACAGCUUAAAGAAUUUGGACGCCGACUCUGCCGGGAGAAUUUAGUUCCACGGAAGCUGCCUAGCGCAUAGUCGCUAUAACAGAUUGAGAUUUACCUAGGCCUGGUUUCAGUUUUGCUUUAACCUGCCACCUGAUAUGUUCAAAAACAAGUCAAUGAAAACGAGCAGUCGAAAUCUUAAGGAGAACGUCUGCAAACAUGAUGUGCAAAUUUUUCUUAAACUACUAUUUAGCAAUUUCAACGUCGGUCUUAGAUUAUGGAACGAUGUUUAGCGGAGUAUAGAGCGAGUUCGAUAUCCUGAAUCGACAUAGUUCAACCUGUUUGGCAAUGUGUAUGCUAUAAAACACCAACAUUAGUAGUAUCAGUCGUGUGCAACGGAUAAUCUUUAUCAGCUUUUAUGAUAUACGAAGGUAGCUUUUUAAAUUUUUUAUGAAAGAUAAAUUGGCAGUCUUAACCCACCACUGGAUGUCGUUCUUGUGUCCUUCUGAAGAAUGUAAAUAAAAUAACAAGAAUGGUGAUUAUAUUAACAUUUCAAUUUUUUGAUGUUAAAAAUAUGUCAUGUCUAAAGUUGUGUAGAUCCUGCUUUUGCAAAGCUGAUCUGUUCAGCAUUCUUGAGACCAGUCUUUGUAAAAAUUGUAAAGUAUGCGCAACAUAGCUUUAAGUUACUAAUGUAUCAUACAGUUUUAAUUCAAAAUUUUUAUAGCGUUAUAUUACUAAUUAGUUACUACUUUUCUUAGCCUACAUUUCAAAUUUUAUAUUUUGAGUGUCUUCAAUUAGUAACGGGCGGGGCCCCUCAGCUACAUCUAAAAUAAACGUUAACAAAGUUUCACUCACGGUUUAUUCAUUCAUCAACUGAAUGUUUAGAUAAUCAUGUUGCUUAGAGAGAAAGAGCAUUGUUGAGAAGUGUUGUACAAAUUCUGCUCUUGUAGCCGGAGGAAACUAGGAGAGAAACAAGCGUUCCCCAACUGCAGGACCUAUAAAGUGUUUUAUUCUCUAAAGGCCUUUGCAAUCAAGCCGAUGUCGUCCUCCUAACUUUAAAUAGGUAGUUAUCUUUGAUGUUGUUGGGGGAAAAGUUCCAUUACAACUGUUAUCUGGGUGGGUGGAUGUGAAGCAGCUUUACUGUACUCAGCCUCUCUUUGGAGGCAAUUUUGAGUGGAACCGAAAUUCUACAUUCCAAUCGACUUUAAGGAAACUGCUAACAGUAUCAGUGAAUUUGCCUCUUUAUGCGGUUAAUUCAAUUAUAUUACGUUUCUCUUUCCAAAUCCUUUACUCUGGAAUGUCCGUAGGUUUCAGACUUACACUACUCAACUGUUUAUUUCGCAGGUAGAUCAGUUGAUAUACCUGAUGGAAUCAUAGAAGAAUCAUGUAAAGUUGAUAUGUCACCGGGAUUAGAGGCAGGUGUGCCGACACUUGAUGUUGAAGGGGUCCAAGGUCGCGCCCCUGACGGAGAAGCACUGCUAGAUGUAAACAUGGGUAAACCUCAUCUGAAUAAGCCUGAAGGAACGCUAAAAACACAGGUUUCUGCUCCAGAUACGUUUACAGACGUCGACCUUGGUAAACCCUCGUAUGGCCUGGAUCUACCGUCAUCUAAAAGGAAGAGUGCCAAGUGCUUCUCAUGCGCAUCCAGUGGAGACAGAGACGAGCCAUACAUUAAAGGAAAAUCGAACGUUGGCAUAGGUCUAAACACACCAGAUAUGACAGCAGACCGAAAAGCACAAGACGUUAAAUUGUCUACCGGCAAACCCGACUUAAAACUUCCAUCCAGAGACUUUGAUGGACCUGAUGGCGAUAUGGAGAUGAAGGCAGGAAGGAACUUUGACAUGAGUGGAUCGGGUCCUGAAAUAAGGGACCCGGAUGUAGGAGAUACGCAAAACGAACAUGGGCUUCGUGGAUCAGCACCAGAUGUAGAUAUAGAUGUGGACCAUGGAAGAUAUAAUGGAGAUGCCUCCUUACCUACUGCAGGGGUUGCUCCAAAGGGUCCCGGGCUUGGUCCCUCUUCCGCCGAGAUGAAUUUGCCUUCUGGAAAGAAAAAACUAGGAAACUGCCUUACGUGCACAGCAAGUGGUAAAAAAGAUGAGCCCUAUAGGAAAGCUAGGAAAAACUAUGGAUACGAGUUUGAAGGACGAGACGUUGAUGGCUCCAUAGAAAUGAAAAGGCUUUCUGGGCCUUCAACUGAUGCCAGUGGACCAGACGUUAACAUUUCUAAGAAACGACCAGGAGCCAAGUUAGACACGGAUGAUGUCGAUUCACCUGAGGCGAGAUUAAGUACAGAAAUAUCAGGUCCCAACGCUAAACUGUCACCUGGUAGAGUAAAAGGCCACUCAGCAAGUGGUGACGUACAUUCUCCGGAAGUAGAUUUUCCCUCCACCAAGAAGAGUGGUAGCUGUUUCUCCUGUGUAGGAAGUGGGGAUAAAGAUGAACCAUACAGAACAAACAGAGAAAAGACAGAUUUCGGUUGGAAUCCACCUGAAGUUGACGGAUCUUUAAAAAUGGAGAAACCUGACGAGCUGGAUAUCAGUGGCUCUGGUCCUGGUUUCAGUGGGAGGGGAGAGAAAAAGGACUUGGGAUACCAAGUAACUGGCCCAGACUUCAAUGUUCAUGGACCAAACAAAGGUAUUUCCACAGAAAUACCGAAAAUGGCGGUCGAUACAGCAUAUCCUCAUGUCAAGUCAGCAGACGUGCCCUCUGGAAAUAUGAGCGAAGGUAUUUCUGGCCCUGAAAUUGAUCUAAGUGGACCAAGUGCAGACGUUCCUGACAGAGACUUCACUAUUAAAGGACCGAAAGGAGAUUUUUCUGGGCCUGAAUUUGACGCUAGCCGACCCAAAGCAGGAGUGUCGGGGCCUGAAAUAGAUCUUAGCGGACCGGGUCCAGACCUUCCUAAGGGAGACAUCAAUAUUAAAGGGCUGAAAGGAGACUUUUCUGGACCAAAAUUUGACGUUAACCGACCAAAAGGAGGAGUGUCGAGGCCUGAAAUGGAUCUCAGUGGACCAAGUGCAGACAUUUCAAAGGGAGACUUCAAUGUUAGGGGACCAAAAGGAGACUUUCCUGGGCCAGAAUUUGACGCUUGCCGACCAGAAAUAGGGGUUAAUAGGCCUGAAAUUGAUCUCGAUGGUCCCAAUUCGGACGUUUCUAACGGAGAAUUCAACAUGCGAGGUCCUAAAGGAGAUUCUUUCCGACCAGAAACGGAAUUUUCUGGACCUAACAUUGACUUACGUGGACCCAAAGCUGGCGCUUCCAGUGUUUCUGGUCCGGGUCCUGAUUUAUCAACUGGAAAUAUAAAGGACCCUAAAGUUCAUUUGGAUGCCACGUCUGCUGAAAUAGAUUUGCCUUCCAGAAAGAAGAGAAUGAGUGGAAAUUGUUUUUCAUGCGCUGGUGGGGCUGACAAAGAUGUGCCAUAUGGGAAGAAAGCAGUAGAUGCUAAUGUUGAUCUUAAAGGUUCUGAUGCAGGCGUUUCUGGGCCGAAAUUGGACACUAGCCCACCAACAGUAGGCGUUUCGGGUCCUGGCAUUGAUUAUAGUGGACCAAGUGCAGACCUUCCUAAGGGUGACUUCAAUAUUAAAGGGCCGAAAGGAGACUUUUCUGGACCCGAAUUUGACGCUAUACGACCCAAAGCAGGAUUUUCUGGAUCUGAAAUUGAUGUAAGUGGACCAAGAGCAGACGUUCCUGACAGAGACUUCAAUAUUAAAGGACCGAAAGGAGACUUUUCUGGACCCGAAUUUGACGCUAUCAGACCCAAAGCAGGAUUUUCUGGACCAGAAAUUGAUCCAAGUGGACCAAGUGCAGACAUUCCUGACAGAGACUUCCAUAUUAAAGGGCCGAAAGGAGACUUUUCUGGACCCGAAUUUGAAGCUAGCCGAUUCAAAGCAGGAGUUUCUAGACCUGAAAUUGAUCUUAGUGAACCAAGUGCAGACGUUUCAAAGAGAGACUUCAAUAUUAGGGUACCAAAAGGAGACUUUUCUGGGCCAGAGUUUGAUGCUUGUCGACCAGAAAUAGGAGUUAAUGGGCCUGAAAUUGAUCUCAGUGGCCCAAAUUCGGGCGUUUCCAAUGGAGAAAUCAACAUAAAAGGACCUAAAGGAGAGUUUUCCAGGUCCGAACUCGAUUCUCUUCGACCAGAAACAGAAUUUUCUGGGCCUAACAUUGACUUUCGUGGACCCAAGGCUGGUGCUUCCGUCAAAGAACCAAAUAUGGAACUAACAGGAAAGCCCAAAGCUUCUGGUCCUGGUCUUGAUUUAUCAACUGGAAAUAUAAAAGACCCUACAGUUAACUUGGAUGCCCCGUCUGCUGAAUUGGAUUUGCCUUCCAGAAAGAAGAGAAUGGGUGGAAAUUGUUUUUCAUGCGCUGGUGGGGCUGACAAAGAUCUGCCAUAUGGAAAGAAAGGGGUAGAUGCUAAUGUUGAUCUAAAAGGUCCUCAUGCAGACUUUUCUGGGCCCGAAUUGAAUACAAGCCGACCAGAAGUAGGAGGUUCAGGUCCUGGAAUUGAUCUCAGUGGACCAAGUGCAGACAUUUUGAAGGGAGACGUCAAUAUUACUGGACCGAAAGGAGACUUUUCUGGGCCCGAAUUUGACGCUAGCCGACCCAAAACAGGUGUGUCAGAGCCUGAGAUUGAUGUCAGUGGACUAAGUGCAGGCAUUUCCAAGGCAGACUUCGAUGUAAGAGGACCGAAAGGAGAUUAUUCUGGGCUCGAUGUUGAUGCUAGCCGACCAAAACCAGGACUUCCUGGACCUCAUUUGGAGCUCAGUGGACCAAGUGCAGAUAUUUCCAAGGGAGACUUUAAUAUAGGAGGACCCAAAGCAAACUUGUCCAGGCCCGAAUUUGAUAGGAGCUAUCCAAAAUCAGGCGUUUCUGGGCCUAAAGUAAGUGCAGGUAGACCAAGCACCGAUUUUUCAGGGCCUAAAUUAGAUGUCAGUGGAUUAAAGGCAGACCUGUCUGUUGAAAAACCAAAGGUGUCUGGUCCAGAUCUUGAUGCCUCGAUUGGAAAAGUUGGGGACCCUGAAGUUAAUGUCAAUUCUCCGUCUGCUGAUUUAGAUUUUCCUUCCAAAAAGAAGAGAAAGAGUGUAAAUUGUUUGUCUUGCACUGGUGGGGUUGAUAAAGAUGCGCCAUAUGGAAAGAAAGCGAUGGAUGCUAAUAUUGAUCUAGAAGGUCCUAACGGGAAAAACCGAGAUGGCGAGUUUGAGCUUGGCCAUCCAGAGUUUGAUGGAAAAUUUGGAGCCAAAAAAGCUGGCAGUUUUGACCUUCACGGACCCAAUAUUGACAGUGAAGACUUGGCGAUGAAGAUAAAUACUCCAGAUUUCGACCUAAGGUCCAACAAACCUAAUUCUAGUUUCCAAACACCAGACCUGGACGUAAAGGCUGGUAAUAAAGGGGAAAUAGACAUUUCCCUACCAAACGUUACUCAUGAAAAGCCAAAAUUAGCAGGAACCUUUACUGGUGAAGAAGAUAAAGACAUCGAACUUAGAGGUCCGGGCCUAGAUGUUCACAGUUCGCAAGGCAGCGCUGAUUGGGGCAUUCCUGGGUCAAAUCUUCCUGACGCGCCAAGGGUUGCUAUCAACAAGCCGUCAAUUUCUGGUGGGGAUUUAGAUACUGAUGCCGAAGUACCAGGUCUAAGAAUUUCCGGUAGUAAACCUUCAUCGGAAUUGGACACAAACGCCCUUGAUAAUAACACAGACGUUCCUAAGAGCGAUCUCCGUUUUGGCAUAAGUAAGCCAGACCUUGAUACGAAAGCUGACCAACCUGAUCUAGACAUUUCAGCCCGAAAACCGCAAUUUGGCGGAGAAGAAUUUGACAUGGAUAAUUCAGAGCCAGAAAUUCCUACUAAUGAUUUUAACUUUGAUCCAAGUUUACCUGGAAUCGGAGUAGGAGUUGGAGGACUGGACAAGAACAGGAGAACAGGUGAAUACUUAGACACUGAUAUAAAUCGACCUGACAUUAACGAAUAUGACAUGGAUAUACCGAAGCCGAAGAUUGAGACAGGUGAUGUCAGCUUAGAAGGCAGUUUGCCUGAACUCGAUACCUCUGCUGAGAGUCCAGCAAUUGGUUUAGACGAUAGACAGCUAGAUAUUAAUGUCUGGCAACCGACCCAAGACAUCCUAGCACCAAAAACACUCGACUCACCAGAGCCGAAUGGAGGAUGGUCUUUUCAACCCGGAGGAAAAGACUAUGACACCAAUUUUGACUGGAGUGUAAAUACAUCAACACCCAAACAAAAAGGCAGCAACCUUGCAAAACUGGAGUUAGAGACCGAACCCCUUGCAGUAGUAAACGAUUCCAAUUUAGAGCUCCAAAGUACUCCAACGAAAUUUCCUUCGAUGGAUUACGAGGAACCUCGAAAUCUUCAGCGUUAUGAUGAGAUUCGCCCUGACAUGGAAUUAAGAUUGUUAUCCCCAAAGAAGACGGACUAUCCAAAAGCAGGUUUUGAACUUGAAAACUCAGAAGGAAGUAUUGAUAUUGGAAAGGAUGGGAUAGAGCGGAAACCAGGCAGAAUGUCUUUAGUUAAGGUGGAAGAAAACGUGACCAUCUGCUCAGCGUCACUUGAAGAAGAUGAGCCUCCCGCUCCAAGGAAAAGAACAUUGACACUAGACAGAGAAGUUAGGCAGAAAAUUGAAGUUGUUUUCCCAGGUGAAGAGGGUUCAGACACAAAACAAAAAGGUUCGUCUAGCUCGUCCUCAUCUUCCUCCUCUGAAAGUGAAGAUAACAAAGAAAAAACCGAGAAGCGUAAAAAGAAAUCGCGGUUGUUUAAGGCGUUCAGAAAAAGUUCAACCAGUUCUGCAUCUUCAAAAGAGGAUGAAACUCCUAAGCAAAAAGAAAAAGAAAGGAAAUCUUCAACAAGUUCUUACGCAUCCGAAGACGAGAAGGAAGCAAAAAAGAAACCAUCAAAAGGUGAUCUUGCCAUGGGUAUAACAACCCAAAUAAAGCCAAAGAAACGCAAAAGUUCUGGCAGCUCUUCCUCAUCGGAUAAUAAAACUGGUAAAAAGAGGUCUGUCAAGCAAAAAGACUCAAAGCAACACAAAACCAGCUCAACAUCGUCGUCAGACGAGGACCAUUCUAAGAAGAACAAUUUUCCAAUUUCAAGUGAAUACCCCAGUGCACCAGUAAAGUACAACGUGGAAUACACGACAUUACCCGAACAAUAUCUUGUGAGUGCAAACGCAGGAGGACCUAAGAAACCAGAGUCAAGUGUACCUACUGUGGUCUCUCACAUCCGAGAUGACAAAUCUAAACACGAAGAAAGAAAAAGCUCCACAAGCUCCUCGUCUGAUGAGAGUAUACCAAAGCACACAACGUCUCCUAAAGAUCCUCAACCAUCGAUGCUAUACAAAGUAGAGUAUUUUACUAAUCAGCAAAAAUAUAUCAUUGAACCUCGUGAUGAAUUUGAUAAACCAGAAUUAAGUGCUGCAGAGGUCCAGGAAGAUGCUCCAAAAGUGGAAUUUCACUCUGUUAAACCCGAAGAUCCCAAAUUCUCCUUUAUUGAAUCAAAGGAACGGAAAAGCUCAACAAGUUCGUUAUCCUCGGAAAAGGGUGCUUCCGACGUCCAGGAAGUCGACCUGAAGAUGGAAUCGCCUUCUAUUGAACUUAAAGAUCCAUCAUUGUUCUUCACUAAAGCAAAUGAGCGCAAGAGUUCAACAACUUCAACUUCCUCUGAAGAGAGUGGUCGUCUCUCACCCAACCUAGGGGUAAGCGUGCAAAGGCAAGAAACAGUGCACCAGGUGUCAGCCCCGGAUCACUUCUCUAUCAAUCAGGUGGACGUCCCAGCAGUGACUGAAGACCCUUUAGUCAUCGUAACUCGUUCCUUUAAAAGACCUGUACCGGAGAGUGACGAGGAAGGCGCAACGAAACAUUCUAAAGUCCAGCUUAACGAGCCUCCAGUGACCUUAGCCUACCAUCUCCAGUACUCUCACAAUAUCAGAAUGGGUAUGGAGGACAAUGAUAACCAAGUCCAAGAAGAAGGAAUUGCACCUGUUGUUCGUUCGCGCUCAGUAGAGUAUGAAGUUCCAGACUUGUCAAUAGUGUUGCAACCAGAAGACGAUCAUUCAUUCAAAGCAAAUGAGCGCAAGAGUUCAACAACUUCAACUUCCUCUGAAGAGAGUGGUCGUCUCUCACCCAACCUAGGGGUAAGCGUGCAAAGGCAUGAAACAGUGCACCAUGUGUCAACCCCUGAUCACUUCUCUAUCAAUCAGGUGGACGUCCCAGCAGUAACUGAAGACCCUUUAGUCAUCGUAACUCGUUCCUUUAAAAGACCUGUACCGGAGAGUGACGAGGAAGGCGCAACGGAACAUUCUAAAGUCCAGCUUAACGAGCCUCCAGUGACCUUAGCCUACCAUCUCCAGUACUCUCACAAUAUUAGAAUGGGUAUGGAGGACAAUGAUAACCAAGUCCAAGAAGAAGGAAUUGCACCUGUUGUUCGUUCGCGCUCAGUAGAGUAUGAAGUUCCAGACUUGUCAAUAGUGUUGCAACCAGAAGACGAUCAUUCAUUCAAAGCAAAUGAGCGCAAGAGUUCAACAACUUCAACUUCCUCUGAAGAGAGUGGUCGUCUCUCACCCAACCUAGGGGUAAGCGUGCAAAGGCAAGAAACAGUGCACCAUGUGUCAAGCCCUGAUCACUUCUCUAUCAAUCAGGUGGACGUCCCAGCAGUAACUGAAGACCCUUUAGUCAUCGUAACUCGUUCCUUUAAAAGACCAGUACCAGAGAGUGACGAGGAAGGCGCAACGGAACAUUCUAAAGUCCAGCUUAACGAGCCUCCAGUGACCUUAGCCUACCAUCUCCAGUACUCUCCCAAUAUUAGAAUGGAUAUGGAGGACAAUGAUAACCGAGUCCAAGAAGAAGGAAUUGCACCUGUUGUUCGUUCGCGCUCAGUAGAGUAUGAAGUUCCAGACUUGUCAAUUGUGUUGCAACCAGAAGACGGUCAUUCGCAGGACGCAGAGAAAGCUGAAAAUCGGGUGCCAACCGACGAAAAAGACCGCGCAUCUCCGACAAUGAACAUACAAGCACAUACCUUUGAGACCGUGUACGAGGUAAAUAUUCCGGAAAGACCAACCACAGAUAACUAUGAGCUGGAAAUUCAAGAACACUCACCUGUUGUUGUGUUACGGUCAGUUAAAAGGAUUUCUCCUGAACAUAAUGACUUGGAGGAAGAUACCCAGAUAUUAACUAGCAAUGCAGACGUUCAGCUAAGUGAGCCUAGUAACGAUGUUCAGCUCGACUAUCCAGAAGGAUGGGGUGUUUCCACCACUGAUGACUACCAUUUGCCGAGAGCUGAAGAAGAAUGGAUCGUGAAGCACUCAGUGAAAAAGGAUAAACCAGACAUAACAUCCUUGGCAGGUUCACUUGAUUUUCCUGAAAAUGAAAAUCAGCCGAAGGCAGAAUCUAACCAGGAUAAAGAUGCCAGUGUAAAAUCUCCUCGUGAGGCAAGUUCCGCAAGACGAAAUUCUAACUCUCGCCUUUGGGACUUAAUGCAGGGAUACUUGAUAGAGAGACCAAUUGUGGAUGAUGAUGAUGACAAAGACUCUACACCAGACCCUGAAAAGACCACAGAAGUAAAGAAUGAGGGAGACUCAAAACCAGAAAAACCGGAAAGAAGUGUUUAUAAUUUUACGAUACAGCCGGUCAAAUUUGAUACCGUUGAUGUCCAGGUUCAAGCUAACGACAGUAAAGAACCAGCGAAGAAAUUGACUACGUCCUUUACUCAAGUAGAAGUUGAUGUUCCAAAAGAAACACCUGUCUCUCAGUUUGAUAUCAUCGCAGUUAAACCUGAUGUUAAAGAGCAGCAUACUGAACUGGAGACUGCGCCAGUUCCGAAAGUGGAAAGUGUUAUACCAAAAGCAACAUCCAGUGUCUCACAGUUUGAACCUGUUGCCAUUCAACUUGAUGUGGGUGGUAAACAGCCUAUUGUAAAAGAGCCUCGUUCUUCAUGGAGAAGAGAAGCUUCGCUUCCCUCAGAUGCAGAUGACAACGAAUCCGACCCUUGGAUGAGACAUUACUCCAAAGGACUUUAUCAAAGAGGCCAUCAUCAACCAUCAACUUCAAAAUUUACGGAAAAGGAAUCAACAGUUCCUGAAAGGCCAGGCCUAAGCCUGUCUAAAGUACCACACGUUAAAGGAGUAAGGACAUCAUCUGAACACCAACGUGAAAGGCCAAGAUAUUCCAUCGAUGGCCGAGCUCAUAUCGAGCCUGCACCUUUUCCAAGCGUCACAAAUCGCAGCCAAACAGGGACAUCCAGACAAGAGCCCUCGAACAGACCAUCAGUUAGCAGUUUACGUUCUUUUUGGGAUAAAUAA